AUUUGCACUAGACUAGGUUUCAGCUCCGCCGCAGCACUGCCAGCUGUCCGCUCGCCCAUGCAUCAAUCGAAGCAUUGGGUCUUCCGCCAACUCUUUUAGUUGCAUGUUAGUCGUCAGCUGCCUCAUAGGUCUGUAACAGUUGCCGCCGGCGGUGGCGAAUCCUUAUCGAUAAGGCCUCCCAUUCAUUGACAUCCCGACCACACCCGUCUCAAUCGUCAUCACCUCCCUCCUCCCCGAUCAUCGAAACAUCGACAUCAUAAACAUCACCAGAUUUUGAAUCGGGUUGUAGACGUGGCGUGAGAGAACAGAAAUCUCACUCAAUCUCGAUACAACCACGCAAAAUGUCUCCCGCCGGGGGAGGCAUGUGGGCCACCGCCGCCCUGCGUGUUCUCGGCAAGAAUCUGGCGCGCACGUCCAAGAUGCUUCGCUCGAAGCUCGCCGCCGCCGCGACACGUUCAUCGAAUCCAGCCCAACAACUCCAGCCCAUUGCCGUACGUAGCGGUGUCAACAGCAGCCGCCAACCCAUUCAUCCCGCCGCAUGGCUCCGCCAGCAGAAGAGCGGCCGAGGUGGUGCAAAGUGGCACUCGACCUACGCUGACAUCAAUGCCACUGUCCGUCGCUACAUCAGCAACACCGCUGGGAAACAGUCCCCUUCAUCCGGUCAAUCCCGCUUUGACCGUUCCAAGUUCCCGGUCUCUGCUACCUCCCAGGCCGUAGCCCAGUUCCCCGGCCGGGCUCCCUUCGCCUCCACCCUCCGACCGAACCUCACCGGAGGCGCCCUCCCCCGUACCGCAGGCGGCUACUCCUUCUCCGGGGCCGGUCGUGCAGGCGGCAAGCGGUACUUCAGCCACACACCCACCGCCCCCGCCCAAGUCGUCCAGAACGUGAGCCAAGCCGUUCGCGCCUUCUGGCUCUCUGGCCAGCGCGCUCACUUCGACGGGUACUCCGCCGACGGCCGGAAGCUGUACCGGGCCGUCAGCGUGGACGAGGAGAAGGCACGCAACAAGCUUGCGGUUGCUCCCCACGCUCCCGGCUCGUUCAUCGACUUCCACAUCAGCCCCUCCGUCACGGCUCUCAGCCCCUUGGGCGCCAUGAUCCCUUCUUCCCAGAGCGUCAAGGCCGAGAUCCAGACCGCUGGCGCCACGCUUCUCGCCGACAACUUCCUCGACGUCCUUUCCGUGGACUUUGCCCGCACGCUGAAGGAUCUCGCAGCCGUCAUGGCGGAUCUGAAGGCUCUCGCUCGGUUGGGCGAUCUGCCAAUCUCUCUGGAGCGGGCCGACCUGCUGAGGGUUCGGUUCCCGGGUGUAGAUGCCGAAACGGUCGAGCGGCUGUGCAACGACGUCGGCGUUCAGCGUGGCAUCAUUAGAGAAGAUCCCGACUUCGAUUCCGACGCCGGUGUCCAGGUCGCGCUGCGGUUUCCGUACGCCCCUGACAACGGCUGCUCCAAGACACUCACGUCGCCAAACGUGACCGUGCGGACGAGGGUCUCGUCAGAGAGUUCGGAACUCGACGACGCGUUCGUAGAGGAGGUCGAGGAGAACCCGUGGCUAUUGGCAUCGGAACAUUCUGCUGUCUCGGAAGAGUCGGAAGGUUACGAGAGCAUGUCGCCGUCUCUGAAGAGUGCUUCUAGUGAGCACUGCUCGGAGGACCGAUAUGAAGGGUUAGAGGGGAUUUACAAGUUUCUGGAGGAAUGUGAUCGUGCGAGGGUGAUGAGGUUUUAAAGGGUUUCCUUUUGCCUGUCCGGUGAUUGGUGGGGGAUCUCUUUUGUAAUGAUAUCAGGUUAUCGGUGGGCUGAUGGUUGAUCAUCAUCAUCAUCAUCAGCACACGAUAAGUGGGAGCAAGGGGUAUGGAUACGGGCCGUUCUGUUUUUUUCUUGGGAU